UGAUGGAGUAAACAUUUCCAAAGAAGCUCGGAGUGCAAUAUCUCGAGCGGCAAGUGUGUUUGUGCUUUAUGCAACAUCAUGUGCAAAUAACUUUGCCAUGAAGGGGAAAAGGAAAACGCUGAAUGCUGGUGAUGUUCUCUCUGCCAUGGAGGAAAUGGAGUUUCAGCGAUUUGUAGCUCCUUUGAAAGAAUCACUGGAAGUUUACAGGCGUGAACAGAAAGGAAAGAAAGAAGCAAGAAAAGAUAAAGACAAGAAGGCAGACUCAGAGGAGCAAGAUAAGAGUAGAGAGGAAGAAAAUGAUGAUGAUGACGAAAGGAUGGAGGAAGAAGAGCAAAAUGAUGAGGAAGAAGUGGACAACUGAGCUUGCUGAUGAGACGUGCAGGGGCUGUGUUUUACUCAGAGGGAUAUAAACGCUGUAAAUCAACCUUGCUGUGUGCCCUCUUGUUACUAGUAGAGCUUUGUCCUGCUCCUCUGCAGCCCGUCCCUUUUCAGCUUUAACUUGUACAUAAAGGACUUCUGCUAAAGCUUUUCUCGGGGAAGGACCACUUCUCCCCGGGCACAGGGGGCUUGGCACUCUCCCUGGAUUCUGAACAGACAGCGAUGGGACCAGGCUUUCUGUGCAGGGUUGACUCUGAAAUAGAGGGAAAGGAAACAGAAGCUGGCCAGGAGAACUUGAGAGACUGUUGAAUAAUCUUGUGAAAUCAAGUCGGGGUGAAUCAAUAGGUCAUUAAUCCUUUGGGGUUUAGAAUCUAUGUGAUAUCAGGAGGCUUGGAAGCUGAAUAUUUAAGCUUUUCAUUCAAGUGACUUUGUUUUUUUCAUUUUCUUGCAUUCUGGCUGUGCCUUUUCUUCCUGCUGUAACUAUGACAGUGAUACUGUGUCUUUCAACCUUACAUUAUUAUAUACGUGAUUAUGCAGCAAUACAGUACAACGGUACAGGGAUCGGUGUUCCACUCAACUGAGACUCACCCAGAUCAGCCUAAAUCAAAAAACUUCGCAGCGCUCAUGAUGUAAAUACCAGAAGUGCUUGGUUUGUGUCUUUAAACCCUGGGAGAUCAAGACGAAUUUUAUUAACAAACUGAAGCAAAACGAACGACUAAAAUGUGUAUAGAAAUGAAAAAAGGCGACUGUACCGAGUGGUAUGUUUGUUGCAGCUCAGCAGUGGGUCUGUGGUUCUCGCCCUUCCCUCGGCAGAGCUGCAGUUCCUGCAGACAGGUUGGCGACUGCAGCAAGUUUACAUGUGGUGGAAUAGAGUGGUGGAUCUUGUUAAGUUUGUUUUUUUUCUUUUCCCAAUUGGAAUGGACUCAUUACAUCAAAGGUCACUCCUAGCCCUCGACAGUUGUUCAGAGAUGUGAUCUCCUCCCAGUGUGACAGGCUCCUGGAGGGCAGCGAGGGCAUGAUGCUCCUGCCUGGGAGGGCCAGCCUGAGUUUUUUUAAAUGGCUUAUUCAAGAAGGAUGGGUUGAAACAAGCUGUAUUCCUAGUAGUCAUAUAGGUUUGUCCUUUUAUACUUGAAUUGUAGUUUUGAUGCCUUUCCUUUCUCUUCUCUGAGAAAGUAACUAUUAGAAUAAGCUCCUUUUUGGGAAAAAUGCUUUAUUGUUUGACUGAUCUUUUUGAAGACUAGUAAACCUAGUAUUUGAACUUAACUGACGUCUGGUGAAGGAAAUGAGGAAAGUUUUGGGUACGUUUAAGUAAAACCCACGAGAUUUGCUGAUGUGCAGUUUUAAAAUAGCACUUGUGAGGAACAGUAUGUCCUUUUCACCAAAAAAUUGAUGCAGAGCUACCCUGCCUUUAUGGCACAAUGGAUUUUCACACACAGAAGCUCAGCUCCUGGAAAGGACUUGAUCAGCAAAAAAUUUUCAGCUGUCUGGUUUCUACUGGCAGGCAGUGAGCAUCAAAUGAAAAAAAUGAGUUGACGAUGUCUUCCCAAGAUCUCCAAUAACAAAGAAGGCCUUCCUUCUAGCUCUUCUUCCUUUUUUUUUUUUUUUUUUUUUUUUUUUUACAUAAUCUGGUGUUCAUAUUCUGGAAGGGAACAACAUCUAAAUAAAAGCCAGAUUUUUUACAGAAAUGGAGUCUCUUAUUUCUAUCA